AUGUUGACACCUCCACCUCUCCUGAUUUUCUUGCUGUCCCAUCCAGUCCUGUGGAAAGUACAAGCCAGCUCUCUGAGGAACACAGCCAAUGAGGCCUACCGUAGGUGGGUGCAGUACCAGGCUCAGUGCCAGGAGGCUCUAGCUGCUGCUGAGCCAUUGACAGGCCUUGCCUGCAAUGGGACCUUUGACAUGUAUGCCUGCUGGCCGCACUCACCCCCUAACACCACAGCUAGUGCCCCCUGCCCCUGGUACCUGCCCUGGCAUCAGAAAGUGACCAUGGGCUCUGUGCUGCGUCUCUGUGGGGCUGAUGGGCAGUGGGGAUCCUGGAGGGACCAUUCCCAAUGUGUGUCUCCAGAGAGGGAGCAGGUCUUCCAGGGUCAAAGGCUGAUCCUGGAGAAGCUGCAGCUGGUGUAUACAGUGGGGUACUCACUCUCCCUGGUUGCCCUGUUGCUGGCUCUGCUGCUACUCAGCUCCUUUAGGAAGCUUCGGUGCACCCGAAAUUAUAUCCACAUGAAUCUGUUCAUCUCCUUUGUCUUCCGAGCAGCUGCCAUCCUCACUAGGGAUAAACUGCUACCCACCUUGGGCCUUCACAUUGAAGACCCAUCUCAGGCCCUAGCCACUUGCCGAGUGGCCCAGAUUGUGACCCAGUACUGUGUGAGUGCUAACCACACGUGGCUGCUGGUGGAAGGUGUAUACCUGUACAGCUUGCUGGCGCUGAUGGCCUUUUCAGAGGAUAGUCACUUCAAAUGCUACCUAUUUCUCGGCUGGGGGGGCCCCGCGCUCUUUGUCGUCCCGUGGGUGAUCUCUCGACAACUCCACGAGAACACUCAGUGCUGGGAACGGAAUGAGAUCAAGGCAAUCUGGUGGAUUAUCCGCAUGCCCAUUCUCGCCACCAUCUUGGUUAAUUUCCUUAUCUUCGUUCGAAUUCUGGGCAUCCUGCUGGCCAAGCUGAGGGCCCACCAGAUGCGUUGUCAGGACUACAGGCUCAGGCUGGCUAGGUCCACACUGACCCUCGUCCCCCUCCUGGGCAUACAUGAGGUGGUCUUUGCACCUGUGAUAGAGGAGCAGGCAGAGGGCAUGCUUCGCUACACCAAACUCUUCUUUGAGAUCUUCCUCAGCUCCUUCCAGGGAUUCUUUGUCAGCAUCCUAUACUGCUUCAUCAACAAAGAGGUCCAGGCUGAGAUCCGAAAACAAUGGCAGCGAUGCCAGCUGGUCCAAAGUCUCCUGGAUGAGCGACGCCUGUCCCGGGAUCACCGCUCUUCUAGCCACGGGGCUGCCCCCUGCAUCUCCAUAUGCAGCAGGGCACAGGGUGGGGAGGGAGAGGAGGCCAGCCCGGCCUCUGAGAGCUCCUGCUAG